UGUAGCUAUGCAAUUUCGUGUGUGAUAGCCCUAAUGCUGGUAUAACAUUCCGUCAAUAUGGCGUUUACGCUGUGGACGCUUUUCGAGGCAACUUUGCUAUGUUUAAAUGCAAUUUGCAUUUUGAAUGAGCAACGGUUCCUCGCCAAAGUUGGCUGGGCAUCAUGGCAAAAUGUGCAAGGAUUUGGAGAACCUCCUACAGCCAAAUCACAAAUAUUGAAUCUUAUUAAAUCGAUACGAACUGUGAUGAGGGUUCCUCUGAUAUUCUUUAAUAUCUUGACAAUAAUUGUGAAGCUCGUACUUGGCUGAGAAGGGAGAAUUAUUACAAUGUAAAUAUUUUGAAGUAGAAUGUAAGUCAAAGUGAUGUGCGAGAGAAUUUAUAUUAUAUUAUUUCCAUGUUUACAAUAAAGCAGUAUUUUGUAAUUUUUAUCAUAAAUCUAUUUACAAAAGAGAAUGAUAAUGGAUUAACCAUUGUAAUGUAAAACAAAUAGUAUGGCAUCUUUUUACUUGCUUCU